AUGGAUCUUAUCUCCGCGUGCGCCAAGCAAAAUCGUUCCAGCAAAUCCAAGUACCAAAGGGUGUGGCGAGCACUGGUGUUAUGCGCGGAAGAGGUCCUUGCGUCGGGGAGAGGAGCGACAAUCGAGAAGCUCGGAACGGUGACAUACAUAUCCAGGUUUGCCCGAGCGUUCAGCGUAAUCCAACGCGCGCCGCCGCAGCGCUCACUCCUGGCCCCGGCGGUGUCGAUAUCCUCGGCCCGGGUUGGGCAUACGGCGGGGGUCGACCACGACUACACCCGCGUCGCUCUCGGCGCGAUUGUGGACUGGAUUGGCCGCAGGGUCUGUUCCGGAUCAAAUCUGUCCCUUCCGUUCGGUAGAUUGGGGACGCUGGUGGGCAAAGAGCGGACUCUCAGCUUCGUCUUCGCGGAUGGAUUCCGACCCCCCAAAACGAUGGCCGUACAGGGCAAGUACGAUCGCGAUGUGCGACGGAUUUUGGCCGCCAUCGAAGCCAAGGCAAAGGCCGAUCCACAUGAACCGCCGGGUGGAGAGCACGCCAGUACCACAAGACCUGAGACCUCUCCAUCUAGUGGAUGUGGGGGCGCGAACAAUAGAAGUGCUACCGAAAACGGCAGCCAAGAGCCCCACUCUUGGAGGAAAGCGAGAAACUCUUCGCAAAGCGGAAGCGCACGGAGCGGGAUCGGUUCAGAACCGCUCCACCUCUCAACCCGAUCGUCGGUUCUCUCGAGCUAUAGAAGAAACAGUGAUGGGGAUAGCCGCGGUGCUGAACCAACGUCGGUCGAUGUGGCGGAUCCCGCUGCCGCCGGCGAUGUGCGACGAGGCACCGCUUCCCUCCCACGACAGCGGGGCACGAGGAACUCCCAAGACUCGUUGUCCGAGGAGCCGGAAGCGCCCACGCCGAGGCCGAUGAUUACCGGCGCGGCUGCGGUAGUAGCGGGAGGACCCAGAACCAACCGUGAAACGGCGGAGACGGCGGAAGCGGCGGCGGCGGCAGCGAGAGUAGAGAACAGGGCCCAAGGGAAUAAGGGGGAUAUUUCUCCCGGCACGGCGAAGAAGGUGCUUCCUCACUUUCUCGCCAUCGGGAACCCGGGAAGCCAGGCCCUCGUAGCCAAAGAAGGAGCGGAGAUCGUGCAGAGACAGGCAAGGGGAUAAAAAACGAGAAUAAUCGGUUCCGGGGCGGGGUUUAUGCCUGAUAUUUGUCCUUCAGUCAUGUGAUCCCGUCGGUAUCGCUUGCUACAGGUUCGGGUACUUUGUUGUGUUCUGAUGAUCUCGGUGUCCUGUAGGGAUAUUUCACCGACCGAAGAGAGUAACAUUGCGCUUCCAAUGUAGGUGAACCAUGCCCACCCUUCUCCCCUCCACCCAGUCCCAUUGUGGUUGCUCCGGUCGCCCCGGUGGCCUAGUUGGUAUCCUCGAAACCUUCUAGAGGUCAGGUCAGGGGGUUUGAAUCCCGGCGUAAGCGAUCUUUUCUUGCAAAGUGGGUUUUUCUCUCGCUUCCGCUCCUGGCAUAGUGAAUAGCGCUAGUUCGUGUGUACACAGAGGGAAGAGAGUGCUGAACUCUUCUCGCAUUAAAAAUCGUUGGGCAUAGUGCCGCAGGAGGGGAGAGUAGAGAGGGGCACUUCUGUGUGACCACGGGUAGGAGUAAACGGCACUAGUGCAGUGAGCGCUGAUUUGAAG